AUAUUAUUGUUAUAACCUAUAAAAAUUUUAAAAAAUGGGAAUGAGAUUGUUAAAAAGGUUUUCAACUUUUACACGUUUAGAAAAAAAAGUGUCACCAAAUUCUCUUAAAUCUAAAACAAAAAAUGUUAGUUCAAAACACUGGUUGUCGAGACAACUUUCAGAUCCUUACGUAGAAAAAGCUAAAUUAAUGAACUACAGGUGUCGAAGUGCUUUUAAACUAUUAGAAAUAGAUGAGAAAUAUAAAAUUCUCAAACCCGGUCAAAUAGUCUUGGAUGUAGGUGCAUCUCCGGGUUCUUGGUCGCAAGUAAUUGCACACAAAAUAAAUUCAAAUGGCAAAAACAAAGAAUUGCUCACUGGUACUGUGAUAGCAAUUGAUAAACAAAAUAUUUACCCGAUAGAAGGUGUAACAAUUUUUGGUAAUAUGGAUUUUACUAGUGAAGAGAUGCAGAAAAAAUUGAUGGAAUUUUUGGGGGAAAGAAAAGUGGAUAUUGUCGCUUCAGAUAUGGCACCAAGUGCUACAGGAAUCCGAGAUAUGGAUAACGAGAAUAUGUUGAAACUUUGUUAUAGUGUGUUGAGAUUUUCGUUACAAGUUUCUAAAAAUAGUGGAAUUAUAUUAAUGAAAUUGUGGCAGUGUGGAGAUACUAAAAAACUAGAAAAUGAUAUUUGUAGAUUUUAUAAUAAUGUCAAAGUGGUUAAACCAAAAUCCAGUAGAUCAGAUUCUACUGAAAUAUAUUUAUUAGGCAGAGAAUUUAAAGGUUUAAGAUCAUGAUAAUGAAAAGUUAUAAAAA